AUGUUUCAACACACCUCCAGCUUCAUAUCUCUCCCCCCUCUCUCUCUCUUUAUUAAUCUUACUCUAUUUGUUUCUUUUUCUGGCUCUCUGUCUUUCUGUAUCUAUCUCUAUUUGUUGCUCUCUCUUACUCCCGUUCUAUCUAUCUGUAUUUUUCUGUCUCUCUCGCUCUUUGUCUCUCUCACUUUUCCUGUCCCUCUUUCUUUAUCACUCUUUGUCUCUAUCUCUCUGUCAUUAUUAUGUCUCUCUCUAUUUCUCACUCUCUUUCUAUCUGUCCCCCUCAAUCUCUCUGUGUGUCCCUCUCAAUCUCUCUUUUCCUGUCCCUAUCUCUCUCUUUGUCUCUCUCUUUCUCCCUCUCUCUCUCACUUUUCUGUCUAUCUCUAUUUCUCUCUAUCUCUCUAUCUUUGUCUUUCUCUCUAUUUUUGUCCCUAUCUCCCUAUUUCUCUCUUUCUUUUUGUUCCUCCCCAAUCUCUCUCUCUCUCUCUGUCCUUCUCACUCUCUUCGCUCUCUUUUCCUGUCCUUAUCUCCCUCACUUUCUCUGUCUUUGUCCCCCUCUCUCUGUGUGUCACUUUUCUAUCUCUCUCUCUAUUUCUUUGUCUCUCUCUCUCUCUAUUUUUGCCCCCCUCUCUUUCUUUGUCUCUUUUCUGUCUCGACGAGCUCCCCCUCUCACCUUCGUUUACCACACGAAGCAGCCGGCCGACCCAGCUUCAACCAUCAGCAGCAGCAGCCGCCGGCCAACCCAGCUUCAACCAUCAGCAGCAGCAGCAGCCGCUGGCCCACCCAGCUUCAAUCAGCAGCAGCAGCCGCCGGCCGACCCAGCUUCAACCAUCAGCAGCAGCAGCCGCCGGCCCACCCAGCUUCAAUCAGCAGCAGCAGCCGCCGGCCCACCCAGCUUCAAUCAUCAGCAGCAGCCGCCGGCCGACCCAGCUUCAAUCAGCAGCAGCAGCCGGUUACUUGAUAUGCACUAGUCUAUGCUCGAACUACCAAGCUGCGAUCCUGCACGACAGUCAUACCAAGGACGAACAGACUACACUAGCACCGUCCGCGUCGAUCCUCUCUCUCCUCAAGUGCCGACGCGCUCUUUACACAAGUACAGACAUCCAGGGAUCGACUGGACCCCGAACACCGCUGUCCCAUCGGCCUACCUCCAAGCUGUCGCCUUGA